AUGGAUCUGGACAUAUGUCAGGAUAACACGGGCUUGGUCAGCAACACAGGUCAGACAUCUUUCGUGAUGGUCGUAAACCUGAAACACACAGAAGGGAGCAGAGGAAACUUAACAUGCUGUUUACAACCAUCACAAAAGAUGUCUGACCUGUGUUGCCGACCCAGCCCGUGUUAUCCUGACAUAUGCCCAGAUCCAUGUGUUGUUGCCCGCAAUGAGCCUUGUAUCACCUCGUGUGGAGAUUCAACAGCAGUGAUCUAUCCGCCACCAGUUUCGGUGACAUUACCAGGACCAGUUCUCUCAACUUUCCCUCAGCACAGCCUAGUGGGAAGCACCUUACCCUAUGGAGCUGGGGGCUCAUUUGGGGGCAGUGUUUUGGGUGGCUCAAGUGGUUAUGGGGGUGGAUAUGGGGGUGGUUUAGGGGGCUUAUAUGGCUCUGGGAGCUUAAGUGGUUAUGGAGGCUCAUAUGGUUAUGGAGGCUUAUGUGGUUAUGGCAGUGGAUACAGGGGUGGCUAUGGCGGUGGAUACAGGGGUGGCUAUGGCAGCUUAUGUGGGUUUGGGAAGAGAUAUGGUAGGAAGUGCUAUUCUUACCGCCGUGGAAGCUGUGGCCCAUGUUAA